UGGUCGAAGCUCAGGCGCAGCCAUAUCAGUAUUUAGUGUUGAGUGCUUCAGUAUAAUCAACGUGGCUUAUAGAUUGAAAUAAAUUCUAGUACUUUCACCAUUCUACUGAAAAUUAUUAAUUAUUUGAAUUAAUAAUCAGUAACAAAGUGUCAUCGCCAAAAUGGCAGAUCUGGACGAUUUUUUCGCGAAGAAGGAUCGUAAAAAAUCAAAAGGAAAGAAAUUUACGACCACUGAGGAGAUAGCAAAGAAACUAGAGGAGACAGAAAAACGUAUGGAAAAGAUGAAACUCAAAGAAAAAGCAGUAAAUCCUGAAGAAGAUGAUAAUCAACCACCCCAGGAGGAUGAGGAAUGGAAGAAUUUUGAGGAAGAAAAAAAAGAUUACACUGGCUUAAAGCUUGGAAAUCUACCUUCAAACAUUUAUUCAGAUGAAGAUAGCGAUGACGAAAGAGGCACCGGAGAAAAUAGUUCAGAUGGUGAAUCCGGAGAAGCUCGUCCGAAACAAACUGGACCUUGGAAAAAACCUGAAAUGCCUGAAGUUGAACCAGCACAAUCUGUGCCUACGAAUCCUGGGGUUGUUACAGGCAAUGGCGGUGGUGGUGGUGGUGGUGGUGGCGGCGGUGUUGGAGGUAUGGUAUAUAAAUCACCCCAUCUGAGAAAUCAGCCUGCAGUUCAGCAAAAUCCUCGAUCACGGAUGAAAAAUGUUGCUCCUGAUAUUCGUAGUGAAGAAUAUUUCCCUACUUUAAAUGCAAAACAGCCUCAGAACUCGGAGCCGACUAACAUUUGGGGCAGGCGGAAACGAGAUGAGGGAAAUUUCGAAGAAGUUCGUAACCGAGGUAGCAACAGAUAUAACGUACAAGACUCGCAAUCACAAGCACCAAAGCUAUCUCUCGAUAACAAGUAUGGUGCAUUAUCUCAAGAUCAAAGCUGAAACCUUCAUUUUCAAUACAAAUUAUCCAUCGAGAGCCAUCGAUUAAUCGUCGCUUCACCCCGUUUCGUAGCCCAGUCAUGUUAAUGAAUACUAGACUGAACAUUCAGUGCAUGUCGCUCUCUUCCUGCUAUGCAGACGCGGAAUGUAAUGUCACUUGUAUUUUCAUUCUCACUGUCAAUGAACAUUAGAGAGUAUGCUAAUGUUUCUUUUAUCAUUGAUGGCAUUCCUGAUAUAUUUAUAUUAAACGACAAGUUCAGAAUGAUUCAAUUGAGAAAUGCAAGAUUAAUUUAUUUCACUUGCAGCGGCGAUUUCUUUUGACAUCUCUGGGAUCUCAUGAAAAAACUUAACGUGUAAUAUGAAAAAUAAGAUUAAGAAUAAUAAUGAUUAUUAUAUUAAUAAUAUUAAUAGAAUUAAUGAUAAUUAUAUAUAAAUGGGAACUUAUAAAUUAAGUUUCCUAUAGAAAUCAUGCACUAUUAUAAAAAAAGAAAUUUUUAGGUAAAUUAUGUUAUACGCGUUAUAGAAAAAAUGAAUGUCACCGAGGCUGGGCUUCGGGACGGAGGUAAACAGUAAAAUAUGUAAAUGGUGCGCGGUAAAUACAAUGCAAGCAAAUACUCUGCGAAUGAGUAAAUACUAUAUCAAUUUCAAGUGAAAAAGGACUUAAAUGAUAAUCAUACAAAUAAGAAUAGUUAGUAAUUCAAGGGAAUAAAUCUAAUUGUUAUUUCAAGACAAAAAAAUAUGCCUGUUAUUUUUUUGUUGACGUUUGUUUCAUUAUUUUCGUGAAAUUAAGGAAUUUAUUAUAACAACAAAUUGUAAAGUUAUAAGGUGUCAAAUGAAAGUCUUUUAUUUCUUUCAUCAAAAGAAAUUAUGAUAUCUUUGAAAUUUUUAAGAUAUCUCAAUAUGUAAACAGUAACAAAUUAAUUAGUGAUAAAAAAAUAAUUUAUAUUGUAAUUCAUGAAAGAAACAAUUUUAAUAAUUUAUUAAUUUUGUGGCUAAUGAAUAUCUCGUUGUAUCACAUUAAAGUCAUAAUAUUUACAUUUAAUUCUUUCAUAGUUAUGUUUUUAUGAUAUUAUUUAGUCAAUGCAAUUAAUGAAUCGAAUUUUUACGAUAUCAAAAAUUGCCACGCAUUUCAACGAAAAUAUAAACAACGUCAUUUUUGUCUUCAUUUUCAAUAUUAUAAAAAAAUUUUUUAUAGUCCUAUCUUUUAUUACAAAGUGUGAUUUGACUAGAUAAUUUUACUAUUCUGCUGUGAGGAUGCGAUAGAAACAAAAAAAAACCUUUAAAUUAUGGUGCAAGCAUAUGUGGCAAAAAUAAGGAAUAUUAAUAAAUUAUAAAUAAAAAAUUAUAAAUAAUCCGAA